GGAAGCGCCUCCUGCUGUUUCUUCAACCGUCAACAAACAUAAAGGAAGAUGAACCAGAGACGCAGAAACAUCAGGGUUUGAUUUGAAGUAAUCAGAGUAUUUUUAAGGGUAAUCGCAGUAAUUAAAGGCUGCAGUUUCAGAGUCUCUGAUCUCCAAACUGAGCCGAGGAGACCAAUCGAUCCUUGGUAGGAAAACUCUGCAGAUGGCUGGCUUCCUGGACAACUUCCGCUGGCCGGAGUGUGAAUGGUUUGACUGGGCGGAGAGGAGGAACGCUGUGGCCUCGGUGGUGGCUGGAGCUCUGUUUUUCACAGGCUGGUGGAUCAUGAUCGAUGCUGCAGUCAUGUAUCCGUCUCAGGAAAUGAUGAACCAUUCCUUCCAUACCUGCGGAGUCUUCUCCACCAUUGCAUUCUUCAUGAUUAAUGCUGUUUCUAACGGCCAGGUGAGAGGAGAUGCGUACGGAGAAGGCUGCUUCGGAAGGACAGGAGCUCGUCUCUGGCUCUUCGUCGGCUUCAUGAUGAUGUUUGGGUCAUUCACUGGCUCCGUCUGGAUCCUGUUCGGAGCUUACGUGGUACCAAAGAAAGACGUUGCUCCGGGUCUGGCCGUGUUCUUUCAGAACGCCUUCAUCUUCUUCAGCUCUUUGGUCUUUAAGUUCGGCCGAACGGAGAGUCUGUGGGGUUAAACGGCGAGCCGUCCUGCUGUCUUCACCUCCUUCAACCUUUUAUUCUGUUUCUCCCACUUUGUCACUGCGGUGUCUGUAAAUAGAUCUCUACUUCUAAAUAUGAGCAUGUUUAUAAUAGUUUUUGAUGAAAAUGUGAUUUUAAUGCAUCGUAUGUUUACACUGGAAUUUAAAAGGGAAUAAACUGUGGUUUUAGAGGCAGUAAAAAGCAACUUCCAGGCUUCUUUCAUAGAUUAAACAGAUUUGAUAUUUUUAAAGGACACAUAAGGAGAUUCUUAGGAGAACCGAUAAGUUCAGAACAUUGUGUGUUCUUUAAUAUCUUCAGAGCUCUAUUGGAGGUUCUGCAACCCUUUAGCUUCGGUCCUGGAUCCUGGAAGCUUUCCGUCCAGGUCGGACUGAUUUCAGUUUACUGGAUUCACAGGUUCAAUGAUUCUUGUCUGCUGCUGUCAGUAUCGUCUCUUUGGGCUAAAGUCUGAUCUGAGAUCAGUUCUCUGUUCUGAUUUUACAUGUCAUUUUACAGCCAUCAGCAUCUACAACGGCUCUUUGAGGAAACCUUCAUAAUAUGAGCUACAACAACAUUUAAUUUCCCUUUGGGAUUAAUAAAGUAUUUUUGAAUUGAAUUGAAUUGAAUGUAAAACCUAUUGAAUGUCUCUGUGUGUGGUUUAUACUAUCUCUGUGGUCCUGCUCCAAAAACCUGAGGUUCUUACCUAGACGCUGCUCUUUUAUGUCACUUUGUGGGGUAAUUUAUUAACUUAGCAUCAAAAAACACUGAAACAUUUUGACUCUAGCUGAAAUGAAAGACUUUUUUUAAUUUCAGGUUCUGUUUGGUUUUAUUUAUGUUCAUUUUUUUAACAUGUAAAUAUUCAGAUUUCUUUAUUUUGGAGCAAAUCUUCAGAAGUUGAUCUUUGGACUGUUUGCUGCUGCAGAGACUUGAGUUUUUAUCAAAUCAGCGGCGGCUGCUGUGGCCUAUACAGAACAAAAUAAUUAACCUCAGUUCUCUGUUGAUUUUAUGAUAAAAAUGGUUUUAUUAACUUUUUUUUAUCACCUGACAAACAAUCCUUUAUCUUCCUGUUAUUUCUAUGCUGGAUAUUUGUUGGAAAUGUUUUUGGUUUUAUAACCUCUGCUGACAGAAGAGUCAGUGUUCAUAAGAAGAAGCCAGUCAUUAAAGGAUUAUUCUGGAUUAUUAA